AUGUACAACAUACCGCCACCGUACAACUACUGCCAACAGUCACCUUGCUACUCCGAUGGGGACGAUCGAAUUUAUAAAAGACGACGAAACGAAAUCAGUGGUAGACAAAGAAUUGCAGCGAAUGAACGAGAGAGGAAGAGGAUGAAUAGCAUCAAUCGCGGUUUCGACUAUCUCCGACAAAGGCUGCCGAACAACACGCACGAAAAGAAACUAUCUAAGGUGGAUACUCUGAGAGGCGCCAUGGAAUACAUCCGAAAACUACAGGCAACUCGUCUCUCUAUAUGGUAUCAUGGCGGCGAACCCCACAGAAGUAUGGUGAAAUUCAUGAAACGCCUCGAGGACAGGUCGUCUAUCAGAAAGACGUCUGGGUGCCUGGGACUCAAUGAAGAAAAAGACAUCUGGCGAAUAUAA